CACUCAGUCACUCGUAGGUUUUUUAGUGCAGUUUCUGUUUUCUGUUUCUGAUCGAAACUUUCAAGUUCAAGAUCCAAGAAUUUUACCCUGUUGUCCGCGUUGUCGAAUUGUGACUGACUGACUGUCGUGUAGUUGCCCCUUGGUCCUUGGAAUUCUAACUUACGGAGGAACUGCGGGGAUGUUCCGUUCCCAAUUAACCCCAUCCACCUCGCGUCUGACGCAGACGGACGACGUGGAGCGGGAAUCCGACACCGAGUCUAGCGACGAUUCCGGGGACGGCGCGGGCCUGGAUGACGCCAGCCAGGAGCCCGUCGACGCCAUCAUGACCGUCCUCCUCAACGCCGUCAAACUUCCCCGCAGCGCCAGUGAACGGGCGGGCACGCUGGGGUUCCUGGAGAGCGAGGCGUACGUGGAGGCGGGGCAGACGCUGGAUCUGAUGCUGGAGCACUGGCAGCACCAUGCCUCCUUCCAGCCGGGGUUUCUCGAUGAGGCCGCCCAGCGGGAUCUCGAUCCGCAUCGCUUCAGCUGGGUGAAGGUGGGCCAGCUGGUCUGGGCCAAGCACAAACGCUUCGAUUGGUGGCCAGCGGUGAUAAAGAGCAUCAAGCGUAAGAAACGGCAGCGGACCCUCAACGCCAGCAGCCACGUGGUGGUGAUGUUCGUGGAGCCGGUGUACGAUCACUAUCUGCAGUACGUGAAGAGCGGACUCAAGUACGUCCUGGGGGCCGUUCACCAGCUGACGCCCAUGCAUCUGGCCCGCUCCGAGGGGGAGAUACAGCGCUCCAAACGCUCCUGGAUGACCGCGGAGGAUUCCUACAUGGACAACACCAUGUUCGAGGUCUCCGAGCGGAUGGCCGUGGUGUACGAGAUGAACCGCGAUAAGUUGGUGCGCGACGGAACGCUGAAUUUUGAGCUGCUCGGGGCGCUGUACUAUCUGGCGGAGAUCGUGUGGUGCAAGAUGUGCUCCAUGCAUAUUAUCCCGCCCAACCCCUUACCCAACCUGGACCCCUUCAAACCCUUCCUGUCCACCCUGGAGGACGUGUCUUUCUGGCGCGACACCGCCCAGCCCCGUCCCCCUCGGCCGCGCCCCUACGCCGACCCCACGGACCCCCCGGUCACCGAGCCGACGGAAUGGUACGGCUUCGACUUCAUCCAGAUUGCCCUCCAACGCGACCCCACCAAAAUCGACUACUCGGAGGAGAAUGCCGCCGUGGUGCAGCAGCGCAACGUGUAUGCCGCGCGUCUAUUAGACGCCAUCCGCAGCCCCGGGUGCCAGCGCUAUCUGACGACGCUGCGCGAUGCCCCGCGCACCGAUCGCCGGCACACGAAGCGGACGCGGGCCUGGGUGAUGCGGGAGAUGUGGCAGUUGGUGCAUCAGGAGAUCCGCUGUCCCUCCGGACCCAUCGUGGAGGAUGGGCAGGUGUUUGAGUUGUAUAGACUGAUGAGAAGGAUCCGGAGGAAGGAGGACGAUGAUAAUGUGCAGUUUAUGCGCGAUUGCUAUGAUGUCUGGCUGCCGGAGGCGGUCAUCUAUGCGAUCAUGCGUGUGUACUACCUGUCGAUGGAGUACCUGAUCGGGCGGACCCUGCGCAACACCAUGGGCAACCUGGGCAUCACCGAUCCCUGCGUGGAGGCCAUGGCCGAUCUGGGACUCAAACUGGAGGAACUGGAAGAGCUGGAAGUGGACGCUGGGUUAGGGAAUGGUGGACUGGGACGACUGGCCGCCUGUUUCUUAGAUUCCCUGGCGACGCUGUCCAUCCCGGCGGUGGGGUACGGAAUUCGCUAUGAAUUCGGGAUCUUCAAGCAGGCGAUUGUCAACGGGGAGCAGCGGGAGGAGCGCGAUGAUUGGCUGGAGUUUGGGGAUCCCUGGGAGAAGAUGCGGGUGGAGAGAAAGGUCACCGUGCAUUUUCACGGGCAGGUUGUCAGGGAGGCCGGCGGCCGGGCGCGGUGGAUCAACACGCAUACGGUGUACGCCGUGCCCUUUGACAUGGCCACGCCGGGCUUCCGCAACGAGACCUGCAACAUCCUCCGUCUGUGGUCGGCACGCUCGCCCAACACCUUCCAGUUGGAGGAUUUCAACGCCGGCAAGUACAUGAGCGCGGUGCUGGACCGGAAUACGGCCGAAAAUAUUUCCCGUGUUCUAUAUCCGAACGACAACUUCUUCACCGGCAAAGAGCUGCGUCUGCAGCAGGAGUAUUUCCUGGUGGCGGCGUCCCUGGCGGACAUUGUCCGGCGCUACAAGUACGCCAUCUAUGGCUGUCACGAGCCGACCCGGACGUCCUUCGCCGAAUUCCCGGAGAAAGUGGCCAUCCAACUGAACGACACCCAUCCCUGUUUAGCCAUCCCGGAACUGAUGCGGCUGCUGGUGGAUGGGGAGGGGCUAGCGUGGGAGGAGGCGUGGCGCAUCUCUACGCGCACUUUUGCCUAUACCAACCACACCGUGUUGCCGGAAGCGCUGGAACGCUGGCCGGUGGAAAUGCUGGAGAAAUUAUUACCACGGCAUCUGGAAAUUAUCUACGAAAUUAACUGGUGGUUCCUGUACGAGAAAGUGAAUAAAAAAUGGCCGGACGGCAGUCAACUGCGCAGCAUGUCCAUCAUCGAGGAGGCGGAUGUGUUUAACCCGCGGAAACGCGUCAACAUGGCGCAUCUGGCCAUUGUCGGCUCGCACACCGUCAACGGCGUCGCGCAGAUCCACAGCGACAUCCUCAAACGAGUGAUUUUUAAAGAUUUUUACGCGUUGUGGCCGGAGAAAUUCCAGAAUAAGACCAACGGCAUCACGCCGCGCCGCUGGCUGGUCAACUGUAAUCCGCUUCUCACGGGUUUUAUCUGUGAGAAAAUCGGUCCGCUGGACGACUGGAUCCGCCAUCUGGAGGCCCUGCGCAAACUAGCGGCUUUAGCCGGUGACAAGGACGUCUUAACGGAGUUGGCCAACGUCAAACUGCAGAAUAAACGGGAGUUUGCGCGUUAUAUUAAGGAACACCACCACCUGGACGUCAAUCCCGAGGCCAUGUUCGAUGUGCAAGUGAAGCGCAUCCACGAGUAUAAACGCCAGUUAUUAAACUGCCUGCACGUCAUCGCGUUAUACCGCCGCAUCAAACGCCACCCGGCGGCGGAGAUGGUCCCCCGCGUCGUCAUGAUCGGCGGGAAGGCGGCGCCGGGCUACGCCGUGGCUAAACAGACCAUCCAGCUGAUCAACGCCGUCGCCGGCGUCGUCAACCACGAUCCGACCGUGGGCGACCGGCUGAAGCUGAUUUAUCUGGAGAACUACCGGGUGACCCUGGCGGAAAAGGUCAUCCCGGCCGCGGAUCUCAGUCAGCAGAUCUCGUUGGCCGGGACGGAGGCCUCCGGCACCGGGAAUAUGAAGUUUAUGAUGAACGGGGCGUUGACUAUCGGGACGCUGGACGGGGCUAAUGUGGAGAUGCGGGAGGCGGUUGGGAAGGAGAAUUUCUUCCUGUUUGGGAUGGAUGUGCAGGAGGUGGAGCAACUGGCCACCGCCGGGUAUAAUCCUAUGGAUUAUUACAUGAAGAAUGAGGAACUUCGAGAAUGUCUGGAUAUGAUUAAGGACGGGGUUUUCUCGCCGAACAACCCGAAUUUAUUCAAGGGAUUCGUCGAUCAUCUGCUGCGAUGGGACAGGUACAUGGUGUGUGCGGAUUUCGGGGACUAUAUGCGGGCGCAGGCGGAAGUCAGCGCCGCCUACGCCGACCGGGAGCGGUGGAAUCGGAUGGCGCUGCUGAAUAUCGCCGCCAGUGGCCAGUUCAGUAGUGACCGCACCAUCCGUGAAUACUGCCAGCAUAUUUGGCAUGUGGAGCCCUGUGAGCCGGCGCGCGCCCUCUCCACCAUCAACGAAGUGCCCUAAUUAAUGGAGACUCAUGAAUUCGUUUUAUUCGCAUUUUUCUCUUAUGUUUUUCUGAUUUUUUUCUAAUUUUUCUUCUCUCCUUAUUUAUCGCAUUUUGUCUCACUUUAUGUCAUUAAUUGCCUCAUUUUUUUAUUAAUACAUUUUCUCUUGUUUCGCUUUGUUGGAUUAGAUUUUCUUUUUUGUACUUGUUGUUUCUUACUUUUAUGCAGAUUUUUUG